AUGAGCCUUUUUACUAAUUUAUUUCAAUGUACUGUCCGAUUUUUUCAAGCUCACUGCUCAUUGCUGUUAGGUUUGUAUCGACGAAAAAAAUCGUUUAAUUUGCUCAAACUUCCCUUUCUUCCAUUUCGAAAUAUUAUUUAUCAUAUGAAAAUUUUUGAAUGUACAACUCUCGCAAACGUCAAGAAGAACUCGAAUUUAAAUUUAGAAAAUAAAGAGGAAAGUUUACAAAAUAAUGGUUGAAAAUUUCAUUCACGAUUAUCCAGUCGACAAGAAGUAUGAGUUUCGAAGAUUAUUAAUCUUCGAAACUCUCAAUGAUGUUGUAUACUCCUACAAUAAUUUUAAAACGCGUCCGAUUAAAAGCGCCUUGCAAACAUCGAACAAUGAUGUAUAUCAAUUUAUUAAUAUAUUUCAUGCAUUCGUAGGUCACAAAUCAAUUUCAUUUGAAAUUCUAAGUCCACGGCACCUCGGGAGAAUGUUGUACCUUUUUUUGAACUUGUUCAAAGUAGAUCACAUUGAUUUGCAAUUGGAUAUUGAUAAACUUUUUGGAGAUUAUCAGUUUCUAUUAGACAAGCCAUGGCUGACAAAAUACAAAUACUUCGAAUUGAUCGGUAGGGAGAUAUUCCUCACAUCUGAGCAACUGAGCAAGGCUUUAAAUGUCAGUUUGAAUUGAAUUUUGACAAAACCAUGUUAUUCAAUAUUCGCCGACUGGAUUCAUAUUUCAAUCCAGGCUUCACACUCGAUGACUUGAAAUCUAUGAACUGUGAAGAGCUGAUAAUCUGGAAGCAUAGUUUUACUCCAGAUGACAUUAACCAUUUUAUCCGCAAUUGGUUAAACGAGAGCAUGCAAACACUGAAAAGAUUCCACCUCAACAAUGAUCUCAAAACAAGAGAUUGGGUUGUAGUAUUGAAUGAAAUUGCAGUUAAUAGAUGGGACGGAGUACGGCGAGCGGAAUUUUACAGAAUUGGAAUUCAAGAAUUUGACUGUUCCGAUGGUUGGGAUAUCGGAAGGGAAGAUGGAGCGAUUGCUACUGUACUCUUUGUUGAAUCUGCAUUUGAUUUCUUUUUUUGGCGUUAA